ACGAGGAUGAAGACACCAUCAUAAUCGUCACCAUCCCAGAUGUCAUCGUUAUACAUCAUCAUUACCACCAUCGUCAUCAUUAAUAUCUGCACCAUCGUCAACAUCAUUACCAUCCGUAUCACCCAUCAUUAUUGACAAUCACCACUACCAUCAUGAACAUAACCAUUAGCAUCUAACAACAUAAUCACCAUCAAUAUAAUCAUCAUCGUCACAAACUGCAACACAACAAUUAACAUAGUUAAGAUCGUUAACACCAUCACCACAACUGGCACCACAACCAUCAUCACUACUGUUAUCAUAAUCAACAUCACUACCACCAACAACAUCAACAUCAUUAUCUCUGUCACCAACACCACCAUAAACACCGUCACCACGACCACCACAACCAUCAUCACCACCAUAACCACCACCAUCAUCAUCACCACCACCAUAACCAUCAUCAUCACCACCACCAUAACCAUCAUCACCACGACCAUCACAACCAUCACCACCACCACCACUACCAUAUCCACCAUCAUCACCACGACCACCACAACCAUCAUCAUCAUCAUCACAACGACCAUCAUCAUCAACCACCACCAUCACCACCAUCAACGCAGAGGCCACAGUCGAUGGCUGUUUCUGCUUUACGCUCAGAGCAGGACUUCUAUCCUCCACUCGACUCCAGAUCAGAAAUGUGGAAAGGUUCGCGGAUUAUGUCCGAAAAUCCGGCAGAAGCUCACUGACUCACUCACUCAUCUACCACUCGUUCGUUCACCCACUCGCCAACUCAUUGAUUCUCUAACACACCCAUUCACACACACCGAAAUACCACCCACUCACCCACCCGCUCAUUCACUCGCUCGCUAACCCACUCAUUCACCAACUCAUUCAUUCUCUAACACACACAUUCAUUCACUCUCUAACACACCCAUUCACACACACACCUACCGACCACCCACUCACUCACCCACUCAUUCACUCGCUCGCUAACCCACUCAUUCACUCACACAUACUCACUGACCCACACACACAUUUCUCCACUCUCUAACCCAUUCACUCGCCAACUCAUUCACUCACUCUCUAACCCACUCACUCACAAACUCCCUCACUCACGCACUCCACAAACUCAUUCACCCACUUAUUCACUCACCGACUCUCACACUUAAUAACUCACCCACUCACAAACUGACUUUAUCACUCACUCACCUACUCACGAACUCACCCGCUCACUCUUACACUCACCCACUCAACAAACUCAUUCACUCACCAACUCACCCCAAUGUCUUUCAAAUACAAACGUGCUUCUUUGUCCUGCAGCUGUAUUCACGGUUCCAGUGAGGAGGGCGCUGUCUUCUCGGGUCCCCACGUCGCCCCUCAGCGUCGUGAGUCGUUCCUCUACCGCGGGGAGAGCCAGGGAUCGACUCGGAGCGACUCGCGCAAAUCGUCCAUCAUCAACGAGGGAGUUCUUCAUGGCCGCCUUCCUUCCUACAAGUCUGAGCCUGUGCUAGGCCUAGGCAACAAGAGGUUGCACGAUGACGUCAUCGUGACGCCUUUCGCGCAGGUGCUGGCGAGUCUUCGAAGUGUUCGUAACAACAUCAGCUUCCUGGCAAAUCUACCGAACCGGCAAAACCCCGCAGCUACAGUCACAACUCCACAAAGCAGCAUCAAUGAUGGAGGCACUCGCGUGGUGCUGGAGGAGUCUGUGGAGGAACUCGACUGGAGCCUGGCGCAGCUGGAGGGGAUUCAGACUCACACGGCCGUGAGCCGCAUGGCCUCAAACAAGUUUAAGAAGAUGCUGAACAGGGAGCUGUCUCAACUGUCAGAGAUCAGUCUCUCUGGCACCAAAGUGUCAGAGUACAUCUCCAGCACCUUCCUGGACGACCACCACGAGGUGGAGGGUCCCGGUUCGCCUCCAGCUUCUGACUCCCCCACCACCACCGCCUCCUCCUCCUCCGUGCCCCCCACCCCUCCGCGCCCCCUCUCCCCGCACCCCGAGUUGGACUCUGAGCCGGUUCCUCGCUUCGGGAUACCGGUGGCAGACGAAGAGAAACUGGCUGAGGAGCUGGCGAGUGUGAAUGAGUGGGGAUUGGACGUUUUCGCCAUCGGUAACUUAUCUGGAAACCUCCCUCUCACCACCACCGUCUACACCAUCCUCCAGGAGCGUGACCUCCUGCGCGCGUUCCGCGUGCCCCCUCGCCGCCUCGUCUCGUUCCUGCUGUCGCUCGAGUCCCACUACCACCGCCACGUGCCCUUCCACAACAGCCUGCACGCCGCCGACGUCACACACUCCACGCACGUGCUGCUCAACGCGCUGGCGCUCAACGCUGUCUUCACCGACCUGGAAGUGUUUGCUGCCAUCUUUGCCAGCUCCAUUCACGACGUCGAUCACCCCGGGGUCUCCAACCAGUUCCUCAUCAACACCAACUCGGAGCUGGCCCUGCUCUAUAACGACGAGUCUGUGCUGGAGAAUCACCACCUCGCCACGGGAUUCCGUCUCCUCCAGGAAGGGGACUGCGACAUUUUCCAAAACCUCAGCAGCAAACAGAGAAUGGCGCUGCGCAAGAUGGUGAUCGACAUGGUGCUCGCCACGGACAUGUCCAAGCACAUGAAUCUCCUGGCCGACCUCAAGACGAUGGUGGAGACCAAGAAGCUGACGUCCUCUGGAGUCCUCCUGCUCGACUCCUACACGGACCGCAUUCAGGUGCUGAAGAGCCUGCUGCACUGCGCGGACCUGGGCAACCCGGCCAAGCCGCUGGCCCUGAGCCGCCACUGGACGCGCCUCGUGUCGCGAGAGUUCCGCCUGCAGGGGCAGCGCGAGCUGGGCCUGGGCCUGCCGCCCAGCGCCAUGUGCGACCCCGACGCGGCCUCCAUCGAGACGGCGCAGGUUUACUUCAUCGAUUACGUGGCCCACCCGCUGUGGGAGACCUGGGCCGAGCUGGUGUAUCCCGACGCGCAGGGCAUCGUGGACCAACUCCAGGAGAACAGGGAGUGGUACAAGACCCACUGUGAUGACGAUGGCGGCGAUGGCGACGGUGGCGGUAAUGGCGGUCAGAAGAUACGAGCCAAGUUUCAGAUUCAGUUGACGGUCGACGAGGAAGACGAAGAGGAGGAGGGCGGUGGUGGUGGCGGUGGCGGCGGUGGUGGAGGUGGUGGAGGUGGUGACGGUGUUGGUGGUGAUGGCAAAGGUGAUGAUGGUGGUGACAACGAUGGUGGUGGUGACGUUUGAGGAGGUGAUGUAGGUGGUGGUGGUGGUGAUGUUGGUGAUAAUGGUGAUAGUGGUGACGGUGUUGGUGGUGACGGCAAAGGUGAUGGUGGUGGUGACACCGAUGGUUGUGGUGGUGUUUGAGGAGGUGAUGUUGGUGGUGGUGAUGUUCGUGGUAGUGAUUGCGGUGAUGUAGAUGGUGGUGAUAUUGGCGAUGAUGGCGAUAGAGGUGAUGGUAAAGGUUGAACUCGUGAAAUAACCACAUCACCGACCACAUCACCAUGGCCACCACCAACCACAUCACCAACCACAUCACCAAACACAUCACCAACCACAUCACCAACCACAUCACCAACCACAUCACCAACCACAUCACCAUGGACAUCACCAACCACACUCUCACGCGUCACAUUCGUGCCUCCUACCAUUACCGUGACAGCUGUGACUAUUGUUGUUGACGAUGCGAUCAUGAUUGUUGUUGUUGUUGUUCUUGCUGUGCUGGUAUUGUUGUGGUAGUUGCGGUCGCUAAUGUUGAUACGCACCUGAUCGACUCACAGCGACGAUCUCAUCUGGCUCUGUCUGUGCAUCGCUUCACGGUUCUGACGCUGGUUGUUGUAGUUACCAGCGAAACGUCGCGGCACUCAGAUUGUGAAAGUUGUGGAUUUACACUCCAACACACCGGUGGGCUGAAGUAACUAUACUAUACACUACACGCUACACUACACUAUACACUAUGCUCUACACUACACUAUACACUACACUAUACACUACACUAUACACUACACUACACACGAACACUCCACUAGUAACUCAUCGGCGCGUUUUGUUCACGUGACAAACCUCACUGGCUGUGUCGGGUGGUGGAGGGUUACGACGCAACAUUUACACUCACGCGAUCUAACCCCAAAAACCUCGAUUAUGAAUUGAUUAUGAAUCGCCAUGCUUGUUCGUGGUCGUUGUGGCGGUGAUUGUUGCGCUCCACUACGACGCCACCGUACCACGGCACGUGGUUAUGCCCACUCAGCCCAGUGGCGUCGCUGGUUGGCAUGGGGCCCUGUAUUGACCCUAACGGUCUCUAUGUGAGUCUGUGGCCCUCAGUGCGAGUCUAUGGGUCUCAGUGCGAGUCUAUGGGUCUCUAUGUGAGUCUAUGGGUCUCUAUGUGAGUCUGUGGCUCUCAGUGCGAGUCUAUGGGUCUCAGAGCGAGUUUAUGGGUCUCUAUGCGAGUCUGUGGCCCUCAGUGCGAGUCCAUGGGUCUCUAUGUGAGUCUAUGGGUCUCUAUGCGAGUCUAUGGCUGUCAGUACAAUUCUAUGGGUCUCAAUGCAAGUCUAUGCGUCUAUGGCUCUCAGUGGGAGUCUAUGGGUCUCAGUGCGAGUCUAUGGGUCUCUGUGCGAGUCUAUGGCUCUUAGAGCGAGUAUAUGGGUCUCUGUGCGAGUCUAUGGCUCUUAGAGCGGGUCUAUGGGUCUCGGUGUGAGUCGAUAGCUCUCAGAGCGAGUUUAUGGGACUCUAUGCGAGUCUAUGGCUGUCAGUGUGAGUCUAUGGGUCUCUGUGCGAGUCGAUGUCUCACAGUGCGGGACUAUGGUUUUCUGGGUCUCAGUGUAGAGUAUCUUGGUCGGGCAUGGACUCUGGUGCAAGGGGUUAAAUGGGGCCCUUCCAUACAAUUUCCACCCCCUCGCCCACACGCGCCUCCACCAGAGCAGUUGCACCGCCUGCACACCCGACAGCUCUGCCACUGCCUAAACUAAAGCGAGUGGAGGAACCCCGAGGAACAGAGUAGUGUCUGGACAGUAUUUAAAUUGGUUUGAUGACGGUGCCGGUAAGCGUAUAAAAUAUAUAGAUAUGAUAUAUAUAAAUAUAUACGGUAUUCUAUUGCAUUAAACAUACAUUGUAUACUACGUGAGAUGUUCUGUCGCGUACCGUCUGCGGUGGUGUCUGUACCGGGGGGCGAUGCCGCAAGGUUCAACAACGACAACCACCACCACCGUGACCACAUCAACAAAACCAAAUCGGCAACACAUUC